UCAGGGCAGGUUUUACAUAACUAAAGCAAAACAUCGUCAAUCAUUGACAGCUAGUGCCAGCGAUCGCAUGGAUUAUUCUCAUUUUCAUCGAAAUAAUGAACAACGACAUUCCUUUUAAUACAAACUUGAAAUAAAAACAAACUAUUUCACUCAGAAACAAACGUGUUAAUCAUGAAAGAAAAAAGACAAAAGGAGAACCUUUUGUCCAGGCGUGUGCUACGGUCUCGAACAGCUGCACUGUCUUCAACUCAGAACUUCAAUGAAAAAGUGCCAACAGAAAAAUUGCCAGAUGAGAAGCCAAAACCAACAGCCUCAUCUACCAAGCGAAGUUUGCAGAAAUCAGCCACGGACAUCAAUGAAAACACUUGGAAGACGCCAGAAGGGUUUAAACCCCCAAACAUUCCGGCCGUUAAUCCAUUCGGUCUGAACAGUUGUAACAUGGUACACAGGCUGCACCACGCAUCCCUCAGCAUUUCUCAAGGCAACAGACUGAAGCAGGCAGUGGUACAGCCCUACAUUCAGCAACUUGUUAACUUCCGGAUCCACAGCACGGCAAGUCCAUUUGAUCGGCGGGUGACAGCCCUCGAGUGGCACCCAACUCUUCCAAAGACACUAGCGGUGGCGUCAAAGAGUGGCGAUAUGGUGAUGUGGAACUAUAAAAAUGCAGCAAAGUUUGACUUCAACAAGGGAGUUGGGAAAGGGGGAGCCAUCACCAACAUGACCUUUGACCUCAUGGAGCCAAGUGGGGUCUACACAUCGUCCAAUGAGGGGACAGUUUGCAGACACUGUUUGGGCCAAGAUGGCAACCGGCAGGUUUUUCUUAAUACCCAUAAUAUGGAACACUGGUACUGCAGCUUGAGUGUCAACUAUGCACGGAAUCUGCUCAUAGCUGGCGAUAACUCUGGAAAUCUUACCAUGCUGGACAGAAAAGAUGGAAAGGCUCUGUGGACGCGUAGACUACACAAGAGCAAAGCCACCCACUGCGAAUUCAACAGCAGGUGUGACUGGCUCCUAGCAACGGCCUCCACUGACAACACAGUCAAAAUUUGGGAUCUGAGAAUGAUGACAGAUCGAAAGAGCGCCCUCUUUGUACUUAACCACAAGAAACCCAUCAACUCAGCAUACUUCAGCCCUGACAGUACAAGAUUACUCACCACAGACCAGAAUGGAGAACUGAGGAUCUACGCAGCACCCCUGUGGGACAGAAUGGAACGUUCCAUUGCCCAUCCUCACCGAUUCUUCCAGCACUUGACACCUAUUAAGGCAACAUGGCAUCCGCUUCAUGACCUGGUGGUCGUAGGCCGUUACCCUGACGAAAACUUUCCUGGUUACCGCGAAGGGGAAAAGAGAAGCAUUGAUGUCUUUGACGCAAACACUGGUGAGAUGGUUUGCCAGUUGCUGGAUCCUAGUGUCUCUGGAAUCGCAUCGCUGAAUAAGUUCAGUCCAUCCGGAGACAGUUUGGCAUCAGGAAUGGGUUACAAUAUACUCAUCUGGAAGGAUAUUGUCAAGCUUCAACAAAUCCUCAGCGAGAAAUCGAGGAGAAAUCAUGAUGACGAUAACAGUGAGGACAGCAGGGCUCCCCAACCGCGCAUCCCAGGCCCAGCCCCCCGGAGACGAAGGAGGAGAAACAACGACGAUGAUGAUGACAUCGGUGCUAUGAAGAAGAGACUGAAAGGGAAACUGGGCAAAAGAUAGUCAGAACUGAGAUCAGGGGUUAGUCUGGUUCCCAGACCAAAAGAUUCUGACUAUUCCGGUAGAUCUUAGGUCAGGUAGCCGUCACCUUAAAAAAACAGAACACGACGUAGCAAGCCUGCCCCUCAUAUGUAUGCAUUACUUGAGACCCUACAUUUGACAUUUAAUACAGAUACUGGGUAUAAAUACACCUGACAUUGAAAUUUCUAAAUGCAACCAAUGCAUUCAUCUCAAAAUGUUAAAACAGAGAAGAAGCCUGACUGGUAUUUUUUUUGGUAAAUAAAAACUAUUUUAUAUCCCGAUAUACCCAAACUAUUUUCAACAUAUGUGAUGCGAUCAGGCUAAAUGAGUCGUUUGUCGGGAAUUUUCAUUUGGAGAUUCAGGCCAAAAUAGGACCACUUCAUCACAUCACUUCAUCACAU